AUGGAUGCUCCAGUUGAACCAUCACCUCGGUUAGGUCAAUUCUCUGCAGUUGACGGACGCCAUUACAUGUGGAGGGGUUAUGGUCCAGGACUGAGGGGGUCUAACAUCAUUGCUGUGUAUGAUCCAAGCACUGAGCUGUGGAGCCUCUUGCCCACCACUGGACCUCUACCCCCUGGAGAGCGGGGUGGUUGCUCUGUUUGUGUAGGUCGUUGCCUGUACACCUUUGGUGGUUGUGAUGGGUCUUCUUACUUCAAUGACAUGAGCAAGCUUGAUCUGGACACUCUCCAGUGGACCAAAGUUCAAACCUCUGGUAGUCAACCUAUGAAAAAGGCUUUAUGUGGACUUGUCCGUGUGAAUUAA